UCCAGCCUAGUUGAUGUUGCUGACCUAUGCAAGUUUUUAUUCAACUGCGGGGGUUGGAUUCUAGUGCUAUGUAGACCAGGCCUCUUCGAAUGUGUAAUUCUUUUCUAGUGAGAAGUCUCAUGCAAACAUGACCGAUGAAUCAAAUCAAAGCCCAGACAUGACAAGUGAUGGGCCACAGGGCAUGGAGCCUGUGAGUAGUGAGAAUAUUCAAUCAACAUGGACUGAAACUGUUGAUAAUUUUGAUGAUAUGAACCUUCGGGAGAACUUGUUGAGGGGUAUUUUUGCAUAUGGUUUUGAAAAGCCAUCUGCAAUCCAGCAGAGGGCGAUCAUGCCAGCAAUAAAAGGAUAUGACGUCAUUGCCCAAGCGCAAUCUGGUACUGGUAAAACUGCUACCUUCUCUAUUGCUAUUCUGCAACAAAUAGAUUUUAGCUUAACACAGUGUCAAGCUCUGGUGCUUGCACCAACAAGAGAGUUGGCCCAGCAGAUACAAAAGGUUGUGUUAGCCCUUGGGGAUUAUCAAAAAGUGAAAUGUCAUGCAUGUAUUGGUGGGACUGCUGUUCGAUCUGAUUUGCAAAUAUUGAACGAAGGUGUUCACUGUGUUGUUGGAACACCUGGACGUGUAUUUGAUAUGAUCAGUCGUGGUGCUUUGUCUACAGAGUAUAUGAAAAUGUUUGUGUUAGAUGAGGCUGAUGAAAUGUUGUCUCGUGGAUUUAAGGAUCAGAUUUAUGAUGUGUUCAGAAAAUUACCAAGUAGUAUUCAGGUUAUCUUGUUGUCAGCUACGAUGCCUGAUGAUGUGUUGGAAGUAACAAAAAGAUUUAUGAGAGAUCCAAUUAAUAUCUUGGUGAAAAAAGAAGAAUUGACCCUAGAGGGUAUCAAACAAUUCUUCAUCAAUGUUGAAAAGGAGGAAUGGAAAUUGGAAACGUUGACAGAUCUAUACGAGACAAUGACCAUCACCCAAGCUGUUAUCUUUCUAAAUACAAGAAGGAAGGUUGAUUGGUUAAAAGAGAAACUUCAUGAAAAAGAUUUCACAGUAUCAUCUAUGCAUGGUGACAUGGACCAAAGCGAGCGAGAUAUAAUUAUGAAAGAAUUCAGAUCAGGAUCAAGUCGUGUUUUAAUCACAACUGAUUUACUUGCACGUGGUAUUGAUGUUCAACAAGUUUCUUUGGUCAUAAAUUAUGAUUUACCAAAUAACCGAGAAAAUUAUAUUCACAGAAUUGGCCGUGGUGGUCGAUUUGGUAGGAAGGGUGUUGCCAUCAACUUCACAACGCAAGAGGAUGCUCGUGUACUGAAAGAUAUUGAGCAGUUCUAUAAUACAACUAUCGAUGAGAUGCCAAUGAACGUUGCCGAUCUGAUUUAAUCGAGACAAAACCGAGACAGAGUAAUCGUGAUUAAAAAAAAGCUGCAAUUUAUAGAAAGAAUUUAUCAAGAGGUUAUUCUGUUUUGUUUUAUUGUCUAGGUUUUGAUGGGAGGGUGCGUAAUUGGUAUUUUCACGAGGUUUUUACUAAAAAAUUGUAAACAAAAAAAUAGUAAAACUUCGAAAAAAUUCAUAAAGUGUGAACUGUAUACACUUACUAUACUGGCUUUAGUCGAUAUAAAUCAUAAAAAACAAUUGUGUUUUUAUUUUGUUUCGUUUCUUUUUUGUAUUUAUAUAUAUAUAUUGGCACAUUCCCCCACCGUGGGAUGGGUGUCUGUAACAAAUGAUAUUAAUAAA